AUGCACGAGUCUCACGGCCUGUGCAUUCUGAACUUGAGCAAGAUCAAGCAGUCGCUCUUGUUCGCAGAGAUUUGGAAAUGGAGCAGCAAGUAUGACCACUUUGGCUUGCUCCUCAAUACUCUCAAGGUCCACCUGGGCUACACACUCUACACCAACUACGAGGUCUCCAAGCUCAACUUGGCUUUUCUUGACUCCUAUCGCUUUAAAGUGGAGUCAGAGAGCGAUAUGACCAUUGAAGAAUGGAAGCUCAGGCUCAUGGACGCUUUUCGCGAGGGUAAAAAACUUGAAGAAGUUGAGAAACUGGCUGGCGAGCAGAGUUACCUCUUUUCGCUCCCAUGCCUGUCUGCGAUGAAGGAUAUGGCCGGGUUCCAGUCUCUGCGUUCCUCUCUUCAAAGCUACUCGCGCUUCUUUGUAUCAUCGUGGCCCAGCAUUCAGAGCCCGGUUCUCCUGGUCAAUUUCUUCACCAAGGGUUCAGAGAGCUUCAGCUUGGACCACAUCUUUCCAAUUCUUGAGGCGAUUGACAGCCACGCAACAGUUUCCCUUGAGGUGCAAAGGCUGCGCAGUGCCUUCACCCAGGCGAUGGACCAGGAUGCUGUUGUGGGUUGCACUGCCUCCCUUCACUCACUGGCUACCUUUCUCUUCAAGACACUCCUCUUCCCCGAGGAGAGCCCUUGGAAUGUGAAGUGCCAACCCAACUGGUACCAGGAGUGCCUUGCUUCCAAGCACAGCCUCAUCAACAUUGCCCCUUGGAAACUCGUUAGAGGCCCAUCGGACACACUUGCUGAGCUCAAAGGGUUUGUCGACACCCAGGAGAAGAUUGGGCUAGCGUUUUCGGAAGUGGCCGAGGGAUACGCCACCCUGACCUCGUUUGCUGCCAAGGUGACCGCUAGGGGGGAGGCCAGCGACCGCAACCACUUCUACCUGGUGCUGUUAGGCUCCAUGCUCAUGACCAGUUCUCAGGUUCCCGAGCUUGAGGUGGAUGGCCUAUGGUUCGAGAUAACGCCAAGAUCUAUCCAGUUGUGCGUGGUGGAGGCAAAGUCGGGCCAAGCAACGGGAGACGUGGACAGGAAGAUCGGCCAGUUCUCCGCGGCUUUCCCGGACACGAAAGAACUGUGGGCUCCAAAGCAACAGCACCAGCUGGUUUCCUGGACUCACCUGACAAGGCCCUUCUAA